AUGACGGCCCCAACAAACACCACAAACACGGCGGCAACCUCAUCACCCGCCGCAACAUCAAACCCACAGUACCAGAACCAGCAGGUCUACGAAUCCGGCCUCGAAGUAGCCGAGCCAAACGCCUGGAACCGCACAAACAAUGACAUCCACCUGCCCGAGGUCUCCCCAUACAACCACUCGGAAGCCAAGACCACAACCUUCCCCGAGGUCGCGGACGACCCGUUAUCGUGGCACCACUACCACAAGCAGAACCCCAACCUCGAGGUCUCGUCCUCGCCGUCCGUCGCCUCCGCCGCGCCGUAUUACUAUGCCGCCGCGGGCCAGCAGCAUCCGCCUGGGUAUCACAAGCCGCCGCCCGGGUCGCCGGGGUACGGCUCCGGAUCUCUCGACGGGGAUGGCUCCGGGAAGGGCAAGAAGGCCACAGUAUGUGGGAUGCGUAGGAAGGUGUGCUACGUCGUCAUGGGGGUCGCUAUCGUCCUCGUCGUGGCCGCCAUCGCCGUCGGUCUUGGGGUAGGGUUGGCGAUGAAGAAGAGCGAGAACAAGUCUUCGUCAGGCAACUCAACAACAACACCAGCAACGUCAACCGCAAACGCAACAAUCACCUGCCCCGCCGCAGACAACGUAACCUACAGCUCCCCCGACGCCCCCAAACGCACAUUCCGCAUGAUAUGCGGCCACGACUUCAACUCGGCCGACGGCGCCACCGACCUCACCUCGGAGAACGCAACCACCAUGGCCGCCUGCAUCGACCUCUGCGCGUCAAAGGGCGACGACUGCGUCGGGGCCGGGUGGGGCGAUUACUACGGCAACCACGUCUGCUGGAUGAAGAGCAAGCUGGGGACGAUGAACGUCUCGGGGAACUGGUAUUUCGCUGUGGAUGUGAAUAAGACGAGCGUGGCGGCGUGA